AUGUCUGAAGUUGCAAAUGGCAGUGAAGUUUCACCGCCACUUGUUAAUUUAAAAUCUGAUUCGCGACAAAAUGGACGCGGCUCUAUCAGUACAGCUCAGCCUUCAACAGCAGCUGUAGCUUCUUCGAAAAAUAAAGUCAGUGGCACUGAUCGUCAACAAGAACUUGCUCGACAAGCAAAAGCUCUUCGAGAUGAACGUCGAAUCGCACUCGAUGGUCGACAUGAAUAUCUUUUUUCUACGCUCGCUGAAGCAGUUGGAAUUGAUUCUGCACAAGUCGAAGAUCAUAUUCUGGGCGAUGAAAAAUUCGAUUGUAUUGAUGAUUUUUUUCUUGCGGGUGGACGACGAGUCUUAAUGUUUUGCUAUCAAGAACCUAAAAAUCCCGAACAGAACCAACCAGUUUAUGGUCGCAUGACCAAUGCUGGACCGAAAAAACGUGUAAUGAUUAGUACUGGUGGUGAAUCAACGCCAUUGACUGGUUCAUUGUAUUAUUUUAUUCGACCCAAUUCGACAAAAGCAAUUACAUCAGCAAGCAUUUCCAGUGAUGUCGUUUUCGGUCAAUUAGAUGCUUCGAAUGGCAAAAUGCUCGAAUCAAUUGACCAGCUAUUAGCAAAUAUAGUUAUUCCAUUGUUAAACCAAUAUGAAGAUUGGGGAGCUUUAAAAAACCGUGGUAAUCUCAAUGUACAAGACUUUCUCGAUGCUAUGGGUCAAUUCACAGCUACCGUCAAUGGUGCCAAUGAUAAUAUCGCGCAUCAAGUUAAAUUGGCACCGGGAGAUAAUGAUAACACUUUAUCGACGUUAGCAACACCACAUGAUUAUCAAGUCAUGGCAGCUAAUAGUGAAUUCGUCACCGAAUGUGAAAAUUUAAUGGAGAAAUGGUGUAAACAGAUCGAAAAGAUCUUAGCGGAAAGUGAACAGAUCCGACGCGAAGCUGAUGACGUUGGACCAUCAGCUGAAUUAACUCAUUGGAAACAACGUAUGGCGACGUUUAACAACCUUUUAGAACAGAUCAAAUCUCCCCGAUGUCGCGCCGUUGUUGGUGUUCUUCAAAUAGUCAAAUCGAAACUACUAAUUCGUUGGAAAGAUCUAGAUGCUCGAAUCACCGAUGCUGCCAAUGAAGCUAAAGAUAACGUUCGAUAUCUAUACACAUUAGAUAAAUUCCUCAGUACACUCGAUCGAAGCAAUCUCAAUUCAAUUUCAGCCAACAUUCCUAACCUGAUGAACGCAGUUCGAAUGAUCCAUAGUAUUUCUCAGUAUUACAAUUCCUCCGAGCGCAUGACAUCUUUAUUCGUGAAAAUAACAAACCAAAUGAUCAACACAUGCAAACGUUACAUUCGAAAUGGUAACAAUCGUCUUUGGGACGUUCCAAAACAAGAACUCAUCGGCCGAAUGAACGAAAGUAAAAAGCUGAACGAAGAAUAUCAAGCGAACUUUCAUAAGACCAAAGCGAAAUUACAAGAAUCAGCGAACGAACGUCAAUGGAAUUUCAGUGCAAACUAUAUCUUCGGCAAAUUCGAUGCGUUCUGCAAACGUCUCGAUCGUAUUGUCGAUGUUUUGAAUACCAUCGAUAGUCUUAGUGGUUUACAGAACAUUCGUGUUGAAGGUUUAGAACCGAUCGUUGUAAAAUAUCGUUCAGUUGUCGAUGCGAUCAAGAAGAAAAACUAUGAUAUUCUCGAUCAUCGUAAACCAGAUUUUGAUACUGACUACAAUGAAUUCAAAUCACAAAUCGAGUAUAUCCAAGCUCAACUUCAAAUGUUUAUUGAUUCUUGGUUUCGAAAGUCAUACACAGUUGAACAAUCGUUACUAUUUUUGAACAAAUUUCAAGAUCUCGAAGGUGUGAAAAUCGAUUUCGCUGAUAAAUACAAUAAGUUAUUGCAAAACUUCAGCAAAGAACUCGAUGCUGUACGAAAGAUCUACGAAAAGAACAAAGAGGAUCCACCAUUAGCACGAAACUUACCGCCCACCGCCGGUCGAAUUAUCUGGGCACGACAAUUGUACAAACGAAUAAGCAUUCCCAUCAAAUUAUUGCAAGAGAAAAUGGAUUUAAACAAAAGUGAAGAUGGUAAAUUAGUCAUCAAGAAUUUCAACAAAAUUGCGGAAGCUCUACUUCAAUAUGAAAUCUUAUUUUAUCGUAAUUGGGAGCGUAGUAUCGAAUUGAUCAAGAAAGGUAUGCAAUCAAGUGUUUUCAUUCGACAUCCCGAAACCAAAGAAGAAUACGUGAAUUUCGAUCCUCAAGUGUUGGAAAUGAUCAAAGAUGCUCAAUAUUUAUCCAAAUUAGGUUUGGACAUUCCCGAAGUAGCCACAACGUUACUUCGUCAAGAAGAUCAAAUUCGCCGUGCAAGUGUUCGAUUACAAGAACUACUGAAUGAAAUUAAGCAAACAUACGCGACUAUUCCAAAAGAUUUGUAUCCAUUAUUAAAACCACACCGAGAAAAGGUUGAAGAAGCACUACGACCUGGUUUCGUGGCCAUUACUUGGUCAUCGUUAAAUAUUGAUGAAUUUAUCAAUAAUGUUCGACAAGAACUUGAACAAUUACGCAUUCUGAUUAAUGAUUGCACAAAUAUUGUACAAUGUCGUAUUGAAAAUGCUUUGCAGACUAUUGCUGAAACUCAACUAUCAGAACCACAACCAGAUCCGAUCACACUCGAUGAAUUUUCGAAAUUAACCGAUGAAUCGUGCCAACAUGCGAUUAGUUCGAUCACACGGCAAACCCUAUUGUGUGAAAAGGCUGUUCAAUAUCUCUUAGAAACGUUGAAAAAACGUUUGAAACCCAACGAACAAGCGCAAAUCAAAGAAACCGAAGCUGAAUAUUACGAAUGUGCAUUGAAAUCCACAACGCCGACGAAAGGACAUGUGGCACGAUGCAAUGACUGUCAACCAUGUGCAUUCUUCAAUCUUCUAACUGUAUAUUGGAAUAAAAACAUUGAUGCUAUUGUUCAAUGCACGCGAAGUUCAUUGGAAACUAUUCGCAAACGUUUACAACAACCCAUUCGUUAUGUGGGAGAAGAAGUCAUACGUGAACAAGUACGAAAUCCAUUAUUUCGUACGGAUAUUGUUUUAUCGAUUCCGAAUGUGCUUGUCAAACCAAGUUUGGAUGAUAUGCAAUCACAAUUGAAUAAAUCAGCGAAUACAAUGCUGAAAAUUGGACAAGACAUUCCCGAAUGGUUCCAUGCGAAGAAACUCCGAGAGAUUUUAAUCAAGGAAAUCGAAAAACAAGCCUUGGAUGAAGGUGAAGAUGUGAAAUUAGCUGUUCAAUCGAAAGCACCAAAACCAUUACACAAAAUCAUUGCCGAAAAUAACGAUGUCAAAAAAGUUGUUCUCUCACUCAAUUCUGCCAUUAGCACAUUCAAACCAGAUGUUCAAGACAUGAUGAAGAACUUCACUGGUUUUGCUGAAUUAUGGGAAAAAGAACCUGAACCGACUGUCAAAGCAUUUAUGGAAACUAAACCUUUGAUGGUUGACUUUGAAGCUCUCUUCAAACAUUAUAAACGCAUGGAAACCGAUAUUGAUGAGUUUCCUCAAACUUUUCAAGUCGGUUCAAUUGUAUUUCACACUGAAAAACUUAAACGCGGCCUAAAAACGGAAAUCAACAAUUGGAAGAUGGCGUACGCGAAAGCGUUGAACGAAAAAGCUGCUCAAGACAUGCAAAUGAUCUUUGAUAAAGUCGAAGAUAUUCAAAAACGUCUCACUCGUCCAUGCAAUGAUCUCGAUGAUGUUCGAACACACAUGGGUGCCUUAGCUGAAAUCCGUCAAAAUGAAAUUUUAAUCGAUCAAACCAUCACACCUGUCGAAGAAACGUACGCGAUGUUUAACAAAUACGAAAUUGCGUUUAACGAUGGCAAACCUGAACUCGUCGAUACUUUACAAUAUGCUUGGAAGAAAUGUUUACAACAAGGUAAAGAAGUUCAAUCAAAUCUACUCGACAUUCAACCGAAAUUUAAACAAAAUCUUUUGGAUAAUGUGUCGACAUUUCAAAAUGAUGUUAAUCAAUUUGCUGAUGAUUAUGCGAAGAAGGGACCGAUGACCCGAGGUAUUCCACCUCGUGAAGCUAGUGAUCGGCUAACACUGUUUCAAGCGAGAUUUGACGAACUAUGGAGAAAAUUUGAAACGUACAGCGCCGGAGAAGAAUUAUUCGGUUUAUCAGUUACUGAUUAUCCAGAUUUACAACGAAUCAAACGAGAAUUAAGUUUGCUACAAAAACUCUACGGUCUAUACAAUAUUGUCAUCGAUACUAUCAAUGGUUACUAUGAUAUCGCAUGGGCCGACGUAGACAUUGAAAAAAUCAAUAAUGAUCUACUAGAUUUUCAAAACCGCUGUCGAAAAAUGCCCAAAGGUCUUAAAGAAUACGAAGCUUUCGAUGAAUUGAAAAAGACGAUCGAUGACUUCAAUGAAACUUGUCCGCUACUUGAAAUGAUGGCAAACAAAUCAAUGAAACCUCGCCAUUGGGAACGUAUCGCAGCUACAACCAGUCACAAAUUCGAUAUUGAAUCAGAUAACUUUCUCUUACGUGAUAUCAUGGCUGCACCACUAUUGAAAUACAAAGAAGAUAUCGAAGAUAUUUGUAUAUCAGCAACAAAGGAAAAAGAUAUCGAAGCGAAACUCAAUCAAGUCGUUGCUGAUUGGGGAAAUCAAAACUUUCAGUUUAGUACAUUCAAAGCGCGUGGUGAACUUCUUCUCAAAGGUGAUUCGACCGGUGAAGUAAUCGCGCUUAUGGAAGACUCUCUCAUGGUUCUCGGUUCAUUGAUGUCCAAUCGCUACAACGCACCGUUCAAAAAGAAAAUUCAAGAAUGGGUGCAGAAAUUAACUUCAACAACGGAAAUCAUCGAAAAAUGGAUGGCAGUACAAAAUCUUUGGAUUUAUCUCGAAGCCGUCUUCGUCGGUGGUGAUAUUGCUAAACAACUACCAGCGGAAGCCAAACGUUUCGGAAAUAUCGAUAAAUCUUGGCAGAAGAUCAUGCAACGUGCACAUGAGAAUCUAAAUGUUGUUAGCUGUUGCACAGCAGAUGAUACUCUAGCGCAAUUGUUACCACAUUUGUUCGAACAAUUAGAAUUGUGUCAGAAAUCAUUGACGGGUUAUCUCGAAAAGAAACGUUUGGUUUUUCCACGAUUCUUCUUCGUUUCUGAUCCAGCACUUCUGGAAAUUCUUGGUCAAGCCAGUGAUUCACAUACGAUUCAAAACCAUUUGUUGAGUGUCUUUGAUAACACGAAAACAGUGACAUUCGAUGAUAAAGUUUACGAUAAAAUCCUCGUCUUGAACUCUCAAGAAGGUGAACAAGUACCAUUGAAAGAUUCAGUCAUGGCUCAAGGUAAUGUCGAAGUUUGGCUGGGAGAUCUUUUGAAAGCUUCACGAGCAUCGUUGCACAAAAUUAUUCGUGAUGGUGCGAUCGCCAUUCAAGAUACAGCGUUCAAUCUAAUGGAUUUUCUUAGUAGUUUUCCGGCUCAAGUCGGUUUACUCGGUCUUCAAAUGUUAUGGACACGAGAUGCUGAAAUCGCAUUGAAUAAUACAAAAGUCGAUCGUAAAAUUAUGCAAGAUACCGCAAAGAAAUUUCUUGAUAUCUUGAAUGCAUUGAUUACCAAAACCACAGAAGAUUUGUCGAAAUUAGAUCGUGUGAAAAUUGAAACAUUGAUUACCAUUCAUGUCCAUCAAAAAGAUAUCUUUGAUGAAUUAGUCAUCAAUAAAACUCGAUCACCACUUGAAUUCGAUUGGUUGAAACAGUGUCGAUUCUACUUCGAUGAAGAUGCCGAUAUUUGCAGAAUUUCAAUUACUGAUGUCGAUUUUAAAUACAUGAAUGAAUAUUUGGGUUGCACAGAUCGUCUUGUCAUCACACCGUUGACUGAUCGAUGCUAUAUCACAUUGGCACAAGCUUUACACAUGUCAUUAGGUGGUGCACCUGCAGGACCUGCUGGAACUGGUAAAACAGAAACAACUAAAGAUAUGGGUCGUUGUUUGGGCAAAUUCGUUGUCGUAUUCAAUUGUUCGGAUCAAAUGGAUUACCGUGGUCUCGGUCGUAUUUACAAAGGUUUAGCUCAAUCAGGAUCAUGGGGUUGUUUCGAUGAGUUCAAUCGUAUCGAACUGCCUGUACUUUCCGUCGCUGCUCAACAGAUCGAUAUUGUCUUACGUUGUAAAAAAGAGAAGAAACCUCAGUUUAUUUUCACUGAUGGUGAUAACGUCGAUAUGGAUACUGAAUUCGGUAUUUUCUUAACCAUGAAUCCUGGUUAUGCCGGUCGUCAGGAACUUCCCGAAAAUCUAAAAAUCAACUUUCGUACAGUCGCUAUGAUGGUUCCCGAUCGUGCCAUCAUCAUGCGUGUCAAACUGGCCAGUUGUGGUUUUCUUCAAAACAUCAAAUUGGCCAAGAAAUUCUAUACAUUAUAUAAACUUUGCGAAGAACAGUUAACAAAACAGGUCCACUACGAUUUCGGUCUACGAAAUAUCCUAUCCGUCUUACGUACUUUGGGUGCGUUCAAACGUGAGAAUCCGACCGAUUCUGAAGAAAAAACUAUGAUGCGUGUUCUGCGUGAUAUGAAUCUUUCAAAACUGAUCGAUGAAGACGAACCGCUCUUCUUAUCUCUAAUUGAUGAUUUGUUUCCUGGUAUUCAACUUGAAAUCAAAGGUUAUCCAGAAAUCGAAGGAGCUAUCAAAACACAGACUGAACAAGCACAACUAGUUCAUCAUGCACCAUGGGUAUUGAAAUUGAUUCAAUUGUACGAAACACAACGUGUACGACAUGGCAUGAUGACCCUGGGACCCAGUGGUGCUGGUAAAACUAAAUGCAUCACAAUUUUGAUGAAAGCUAUGACAGAAUGUGGUGCACCACAUCGUGAAAUGCGUAUGAAUCCCAAAGCUAUCACUGCACCGCAAAUGUUCGGUCGAUUGGAUGUAGCAACAAAUGAUUGGACUGAUGGCAUCUUCUCUACUCUAUGGCGUCGAACAUUGAAAACGAAAAAAGGUGAUCAUGUUUGGCUGAUUCUCGAUGGUCCUGUCGAUGCCAUUUGGAUCGAAAACUUGAAUUCCGUCUUAGAUGAUAAUAAGACACUAACAUUAGCUAAUGGUGAUCGAAUUCCAAUGGCUCCAAAUUGCAAAAUCAUUUUCGAAGUACACAACAUCGACAAUGCUUCGCCAGCUACGGUUAGUCGAAACGGUAUGGUCUUCAUGUCUGCUUCAGUUAUGAACUGGGAACCAAUUGUCAAAGGCUGGCUACUCAAACGUAGUGCCACUGAAUCGGAUGUUCUACUUGAUCUCUAUGCCAAAUCAUUCCCAGGCGCUUUGACAUACACUUUACAAUCAUUGGAACCGAAGAUGCCGUUCCUUGAGAGUAUGUACACAAGACAGUCACUUGAUCUGCUCGAAGGUUUGAUCAGUAAAGACAAAGCUCAACCAGCUGAUGUUCUGGGUCGUUUGUAUGUAUUUGCUUUGAUGUGGUCGGUGGGUGCGCUUUUGGAAUUGUUUGAUCGAAAGAAAUUAGAAGAAUUUCUAAUGGAAAAGAAAAAUCUGGAUUUACCACCAAUUAAAGGCGAAGAAACCAUCUUCGAAUAUGUUGUCAAUCCCGAAACAGGCCAAUGGCAACAUUGGAGUAAUCGUGUACCAGAAUAUCAUUAUCCGAAAGAUUCUAUUCCCGAAUAUUCAUCGAUUCUCGUACCUAAUGUCGACAAUGUUCGAACAGAUUUUCUCAUCGAUACCAUCGCAAAACAAGAAAAAUCAGUUCUACUCAUCGGUGAACAAGGUACGGCUAAGACCGUCAUCGUCAAAGGUUAUUGUUCGAAAUACGAUCCCGAAGUUCAGCUAUUCAAAAGCGUGAACUUUUCAAGUGCUACAACUGCUACCAUGGUCCAACGAACAAUUGAAAGUUAUGUUGAUAAACGUGUUGGUACCACAUACGGUCCACCAGGUGGAAAGAAGAUGACAAUCUUUAUUGAUGAUAUCAAUAUGCCAAUUAUCAAUGAAUGGGGUGAUCAAGUAACAAAUGAAAUUACUCGACAAUUGAUGGAACAAAAUGGUUUCUAUAAUCUUGAAAAACCUGGUGAAUUUACGAAUAUCGUCGAUAUUCAAUUCAUUGCGGCCAUGAUUCAACCUGGUGGUGGUCGAAACGAUAUUCCACAACGUCUCAAACGACAAUUCUGUAUCUUCAACUGUACACUACCAUCCAACGCUUCCAUCGACAAGGUCUUCAGUACUAUUGGUCUUGGCUAUUUCUGUAAAGAGCGCGGAUUUCAUCAAGAUAUUAUUAAUAUCAUCGAAAAACUUGUGCCAGCCACAAGAAAAUUAUGGCAAAAGACCAAAGUGAAAAUGUUGCCUACACCAGCUCGUUUCCACUACGUUUUCAACUUACGUGAUUUGUCACGCAUUUGGCAAGGUAUGCUCAAUGUUAUUUCAUCAGUAACUGGAACCAAACUUGACGUUGUCAUGUCCUUAUGGAAACAUGAAUGUUAUCGUGUUAUUGCUGAUCGUUUCGUAGCGCAAGAAGAUAAAGAUUGGUUCGAAAAGACCAUUAAAAUUGUCGCUGAGGAAGAGUGUGGAGCGCAACCCGCUGCUACUAUGCAAGCCGAACCGUACUUUGUUGAUUUUCUUCGUGAAGCACCUGAACCAACUGGUGAAGAAGGCGAUGACGCAGAUCUCGAUGCUCCGAAAAUCUAUGAACCGAUUCCAUCAUACGAAUUUCUCAGCGAAAAACUUCAAAUGUUUCAACAGCAAUACAACGAACAAAUCAAAGGUGGCAAAAUGGAUUUGGUCUUCUUCAAAGAUGCCAUGACGCAUUUAAUCAAAAUCUCACGUAUCAUCCGAACCCCACGUGGUUGUGCUUUGUUAGUCGGUGUUGGUGGUAGCGGUAAACAAUCACUGACACGCUUAGCGUCAUUCAUUGCUGGUUAUCAAACCUUUCAAAUUACGUUAACAAGAUCGUACAAUGUUACCAACUUGAUGGAAGACUUGAAACUUCUAUAUCGAACAGCUGGUCAGAAAGGCAAAGGUGUAACAUUCUUGUUUACAGACAACGAAAUCAAAGAUGAAGCUUUUCUCGAAUACAUGAACAAUGUUUUGGCUUCUGGUGAAGUCUCGAAUCUAUUCGCUCGUGAUGAAAUCGAUGAAAUUCUCGGUGAAUUAACCCCAGUUAUGAAACGUGAAUUUCCGCGACGACCGCCUACCAACGAAAAUCUUUAUGAUUACUUUUUAACACGUGUACGUAACAACCUUCAUGUUGUUCUCUGCUUCUCGCCUGUCGGAGAGAAAUUCCGUAGUCGUUCGUUGAAAUUUCCUGCUCUGAUCUCUGGUUGUACCAUGGAUUGGUUUCAACGUUGGCCAAAAGACGCCUUAGUCGCCGUAUCAAAACACUUCAUCACCAACUUUGAUAUCGUCUGCACACAACAACAGAAACAAGAACUGAUUUUGAUGAUGGGUGAAAUUCAAGAUCAAGUUGCCGAAGCGUGUGUCGACUAUUUCAAUCGUUUCCGUCGUCAAACACACGUCACACCCAAAUCGUACUUAUCGUUUUUAUCUGGCUACAAAACAAUCUAUGGUGAUAAACGUAAGGAAAUCGGCAAAUUAGCUGAACGUAUGAACACGGGCUUGAAAAAACUCAUCUCAGCUGCCGAAGAAGUACGUGAACUGGCUAAAGAACUGGAAGGCAAAGAAAAAGAAUUGGUCAUUGCCAACGAAAAAGCCGAUCUUGUCAUGCAAGACGUCAAUGUAAAGAAAUCAGCUGCAACAAAAGUCGCAGAACAAGUCCAACGUGUCGCUGAUUCAUGUAAAGAACUUGUCGACCAAAUUUCUACCGAUAAAGCUGCUGCCGAAGCGAAAUUAGAAGUUGCACGACCUGCUCUAGAAGAAGCCGAAGCCGCUUUGAAGACAAUUAAACCAGCCGAUAUUGCAACCGUGAAAAAAUUGGGUCGUCCACCACAUUUGAUUAUGCGUAUUAUGGACUGCGCAUUAGUUCUCUUUCAAAGACCGAUGGAUUUGAUCAGUAUGGAUCCCGAAAAACCAUGUCCGAAACCAUCUUGGAGUGAAUCGUUGAAAUUAAUGGGUGGUAGUGACUUCUUAAACACGCUAUUGAAUUUCCCAAAAGAUACGAUCAAUGCGGAAACUGUCGAAUUACUCCAACCUUAUUUGAAUAUGGAAGAUUUUAACCUAGAAACAGCCAAACGUGUCUCAGGCAAUGUUGCUGGUCUCUGUUCGUGGGCUAUUGCUAUGGCAUAUUUCUAUAGUAUCAACAAAGAUGUAUUGCCAUUGAAAGCAAACUUGGCUGUUCAAGAAAAUCGUCUUGCUCAAGCCACAGCUGGUUAUAACGAUGCACAAGCUCAAUUAGCAGCUAAAAUGGCUGAAGUAGCGCUCGUCCAAGCUGAAUUCGAUAAAGCAAAUGCGAUCAAACAAGCUUUACUUGCCGAUGCUGAAGCAUGUCGACGAAAGAUGCAGAAUGCUUCGGCUUUGAUUGAUGGUCUUUCAGGUGAACGUCUACAGGCUUUCUUUCUUAUACUGGCCCAUUCAAUCAAGANUAAACGUGUUGGUACCACAUACGGUCCACCAGGUGGAAAGAAGAUGACAAUCUUUAUUGAUGAUAUCAAUAUGCCAAUUAUCAAUGAAUGGGGUGAUCAAGUAACAAAUGAAAUUACUCGACAAUUGAUGGAACAAAGUGGUUUCUAUAAUCUUGAAAAACCAGGUGAAUUUACGAAUAUCGUCGAUAUUCAAUUCAUUGCAGCUAUGAUUCAACCUGGUGGUGGUCGAAACGAUAUUCCACAACGUCUCAAACGACAAUUCUGUAUCUUCAACUGUACACUACCGUCCAACGCUUCCAUCGACAAGGUCUUCAGUACUAUCGGUCUUGGCUAUUUCUGCAAAGAACGUGGAUUUCAUCAAGAUAUUAUUAAUAUCAUCGAAAAACUUGUGCCAGCCACAAGAAAAUUAUGGCAAAAGACUAAAGUGAAAAUGUUACCAACACCAGCUCGUUUCCACUACGUCUUCAAUUUACGUGAUUUGUCACGUAUUUGGCAAGGUAUGCUCAAUGUUAUUUCAUCAGUAACUGGAACCAAACUUGACGUUGUCAUGUCCUUAUGGAAACAUGAAUGUUAUCGUGUUAUUGCUGAUCGUUUCGUAGCGCAAGAAGAUAAGGAUUGGUUCGAAAAAACCAUUAAAAUCGUCGCAGAGGAGGAAUGUGGAGCGCAGCCUGCUGCUGCUAUGCAAGCCGAACCGUACUUUGUUGAUUUUCUUCGCGAAGCACCUGAACCAACUGGUGAAGAAGGCGAUGACGCAGAUCUCGAUGCUCCAAAGAUCUAUGAACCGAUUCCAUCAUACGAAUUUCUCGGCGAAAAACUUCAAAUGUUUCAACAGCAAUACAACGAACAAAUCAAAGGUGGCAAAAUGGAUUUGGUCUUCUUCAAAGAUGCUAUGACGCAUUUAAUCAAAAUCUCACGUAUCAUCCGAACACCACGUGGUUGUGCUUUGUUAGUCGGUGUUGGUGGUAGCGGUAAACAAUCGUUGACACGCUUAGCGUCAUUCAUUGCUGGUUAUCAAACCUUUCAAAUUACAUUAACAAGAUCGUACAAUGUUACCAACUUGAUGGAAGACUUGAAAAUUUUAUAUCGAACAGCUGGACAGAAAGGCAAAGGUGUAACAUUCCUGUUUACAGAUAACGAAAUCAAAGAUGAAGCUUUUCUCGAAUACAUGAACAAUGUUUUGGCUUCUGGUGAAGUCUCGAAUCUAUUCGCUCGUGAUGAAAUCGAUGAAAUUCUUGGUGAAUUAACUCCAGUUAUGAAACGUGAAUUUCCGCGACGACCGCCUACCAACGAAAAUCUCUAUGAUUACUUUUUAACACGUGUACGUAACAACCUUCACGUUGUUCUCUGCUUCUCGCCUGUCGGAGAGAAAUUUCGUAGUCGUUCAUUGAAAUUUCCUGCUCUGAUCUCUGGUUGUACCAUGGAUUGGUUUCAACGUUGGCCAAAAGACGCCUUAGUCGCUGUAUCGAAACACUUCAUCACCAACUUUGAUAUCGUCUGCACACAACAACAGAAACAAGAACUGAUUUUGAUGAUGGGUGAAAUUCAAGAUCAAGUUGCCGAAGCGUGUGUCGACUAUUUCAAUCGUUUCCGUCGUCAAACACACGUCACACCCAAAUCGUACUUAUCGUUUUUAUCUGGCUACAAAACAAUCUAUGGUGAUAAACGUAAGGAAAUCGGCAAAUUAGCUGAACGUAUGAACACGGGCUUGAAAAAACUCAUCUCAGCUGCCGAAGAAGUACGUGAACUGGCUAAAGAACUGGAAGGCAAAGAAAAAGAAUUGGUCAUUGCCAACGAAAAAGCCGAUCUUGUCAUGCAAGACGUCAAUGUGAAGAAAUCAGCUGCAACAAAAGUCGCAGAACAAGUUCAACGUGUCGCUGAUUCAUGUAAAGAACUUGUCGACCAAAUUUCUACCGAUAAAGCUGCUGCCGAAGCGAAAUUAGAAGUUGCACGACCUGCUCUGGAAGAAGCCGAAGCCGCUUUGAAGACAAUUAAACCAGCUGAUAUUGCAACCGUGAAAAAAUUGGGUCGUCCACCACAUUUGAUUAUGCGUAUUAUGGACUGUGCAUUAGUUCUCUUUCAAAGACCGAUGGAUUUGAUCUCUAUGGAUCCCGAAAAACCAUGUCCGAAACCAUCAUGGAGUGAAUCGUUGAAAUUAAUGGGUGGUAGCGAUUUCUUGAACACACUAUUGAAUUUUCCAAAAGAUACGAUCAAUGCGGAAACUGUCGAAUUACUCCAACCUUAUUUGAAUAUGGAAGAUUUUAAUCUAGAAACAGCCAAACGUGUCUCAGGCAAUGUUGCUGGUCUCUGUUCAUGGGCUAUUGCUAUGGCAUAUUUCUAUAGUAUCAACAAAGAUGUAUUGCCAUUGAAAGCAAACUUAGCUGUUCAAGAAAGUCGUCUUGCUCAAGCCACAGCUGGUUAUAACAAUGCACAAGCUGAAUUAGCAGCUAAAAUGGCUGAAGUAGCGCUCGUCCAAGCUGAAUUCGAUAAAGCAAAUGCGAUCAAACAAGCUUUACUUGCCGAUGCUGAAGCAUGUCGACGAAAGAUGCAGAAUGCUUCGGCUUUGAUUGAUGGUCUUUCAGGAAAUGUCAAACCAUCGGAAUUUCAAGUUUUGAUCAAAGGUGGUGCUGCCUUAGAUAUGAACGCUGUCGAACCUCGACCAGAUAAAAUGAAGAAAUGGUUAACUGAUAUGACUUGGCUGAAUUUAGUCGAACUUUCCAAACUCGCACACUUCUCACAAGUCUUACGACAAGUUGUCAGUAAUGAUAAGACAUGGUACAAUUGGUUCUUAUCUGAUGCACCCGAAGAAGUCACGUUUCCUGAAGCAUACUCGACUACAUUGGAUACAUUCAAGAAAUUAUUAUUAGUUAGAUCAUUUGCACCAGAUCGUACAUUACCCAUGGCCAAGAAAUAUAUUGGAGAAUCUCUAGGUGUUCAAUACGCUGAAGGUUAUAUUCUCAAUUUAGAAGCUAUGUGGCAAGAAUCGGAUAAACGUACCCCACUUGUUUGCUUCUUAUCGAUGGGUUCUGAUCCAACGGAUAAUAUCUUGAGCUUAGCCAAGAAACAAAACACAGUUUGCGGUACUAUCUCCAUGGGUCAAGGUCAAGAAGUUCAUGCCCGACGUUUAUUGCAACAAAGUCAACAAGAAGGCCGAUGGAUUUUACUUCAAAAUUGCCAUUUGGGCUUAGGUUUUCUUGAAGAAAUGUUAGACACAGUGACGCAAACCGAACAAGUCGCUGAUGCAUUCCGCUGCUGGUUAACAACUGAACCGCAUCCACAAUUCUCUAUCAAUGUUUUACAAUCAUCAAUUAAAUAUACUUUCGAACCACCCCAAGGUGUCAAAGCUGGUCUCAAACGUACAUUUGCUGGUCUAACACAAGAAGUUGUCGAUGUUAGUAACUUCUUUGAAUGGAAAGUUAUGUUAUACACAGUUGCAUUUCUGCAUACAACCGUACAAGAACGUCGUAAAUUUGGUCCACUCGGAUGGAACAUUCCGUAUGAAUUCAAUCAAUCAGAUUUUUCGGCUACCAUUCAAUUCAUUCAAAAUCAUAUGGAUGAAAUGGGUUCGAAAUGGAAUGUCUCAUGGCCAACUGUUCGAUACAUGAUCGGUGAAGUUCACUAUGGUGGUCGUGUCACGGAUGACUUCGACAAACGAUUACUUAACACUUAUACACGUGUUUGGUUUCUCGAUAAUAUGUUCACGGAGAAAUUUGAAUUCGCACCGAAUUAUAAGAUUCCGCGUUGUAAAACUAUUCAAGAAUUCCGUACGCAUGUCGAAUCUAUGAGCUUGUUCGACAGUCCAAAUGUUUUUGGUCUUCAUCCAAACGCUGAUAUCACCUACCAGAAGAAUACAGCUGAUUCGAUUCUCGCGACAAUCGUUAACAUUCAACCAAAAGAUGCCGGUGCUGGCGGUGGUGAAACACGUGAAUCAGUUGUCUAUCGUCAGUGCGACGAUAUGUUAAGUAAACUACCCGAAGAUUAUAUUCCACACGAAGUUCGAGGUGCUUUACAAAAACAAGGAGCUUUACAACCAUUGAACAUCUUCUUAAAACAAGAAGUUGAUCGUAUGCAACGUGUCAUCAGCGUUGUACGUAAUACACUGAAAGAUUUGAAAUUAGCUAUCGAUGGUACAAUCAUUAUGAACGAGAACUUGAAAGAUGCUUUGGAUAAUAUUUACGAUGCACGUGUACCAGCGACAUGGAGAAAAGUUUCGUGGGAUUCAGCAACAUUAGGUUUCUGGUUUAGUGAUUUGUUAGAUCGUAACCAACAAUUCUUCACGUGGUUGUUCAGUGGACGACCAAAUGUGUUCUGGCUUACUGGAUUCUUCAAUCCUCAAGGUUUUCUAACUGCUAUGCGACAAGAAAUUACUCGUAAUCACAAAGGUUGGUCAUUAGAUAAUGUCGUUCUUGCCAACGAUGUGAUGAAAGUGGCCACGAAAGAAGAAGUAACAUCAGCACCAUCGGAAGGUGUUUACAUCUAUGGAUUGAAAGUUGAUGGUGCCGCAUGGCGUAUGUCUCGUGAAAAAGGUGGUCAUCUUGCUGAUCCUCCUCCAAAACAACUCUACUCGGACUUGCCAGUCGUACACGUUUACGCAACAAAUGAACCUAAGCCGUUGGGCAAUUCUUAUUACGUUUGUCCAGUCUACAAGAAACCACGACGUACUGAUUUAACAUAUAUAUUCUCGUUAUCAUUGAAGAUUAAUAACAACAAUCCGGAUUUCUGGUGUUUACGUGGUGUGGCUCUCCUUUGCGAUACAAAAUAA